AUGCUAAGGAUGUUCUAUAUUUGGGAUGUAGGUGGAGCAUUAGAAAUUGUAGUAAUAUCAAGGUCUUACAUGAGCCUUGGCUUGGAGGUAGCAAGGAUUUCCGCCUUAGAGGUUGUUGCGAAAGAAAUCUUCAAUAUUCCCUUGAUAGAGGAGGUAGUAGAGGAUAAGCUGGUUUGGGACGAAGAGAAAAAUGGGGACUAUAGUGUUCGUACGGGUUAUAAACUCUGGAGGAAUUCUCGUUAUUUUCAACCAAAUUGUAGAGUGGGUGGCAAUUGGGAUAGUUUGUGGAAUAUUAUGGUGCUACCUAGAGUUAAACAUCUCCUUUGGAGAAUUUGUAUAGGCUGUUUAACUACUAUUGUUGAUCACCAUUUACAAACUUUUAGUGAUGUUAAGUCUAUUAUCCUUGAUAUUUGUAGUCGAGAAGAUAAGAAAGACGCGGGUCGUUUUGCUGUAGUGUUAGAGAGUCUUUGGAAGAACCAUAAUAAUAUUGUUUGGAAUAAUAAUAGGGAGGAUAUUUCUAGAAUUGGUACUCAAGCUUAUUAUAAUUGGUUUGAUUGGUUUGAUGCUCGUGAAAUUCAUGUUCCGAACAUUGUUCCUCAACUCCCGUUGGUUUGCAUUCCCCCAUCUGAAGGGUGGUUGAAGUGUAAUGUUGAUGCCGAUUUUAAUAGCCACUAUCAGACUACAAAUAGGGGUUGGUGUCUUCGAGACAAUAUGGGAAGAUUUAUCAUUGCAGGUGUAGCAUGGGAUAAAGGCAUUAUGUCUCCUUUAGAAGUUUAA